AGAUAGUAGCAGACCAUGGUCCUGCAGAGGAAAACAGCAAGUGACAGUCUGGGAUGUGGAAUUUUGCAGCUGCCCCAGAACCCUGCAGAGAAACCGGUGGGAGACGCACAGGGAGCUUGGAGAAUGGCAAUGGCAGGUCAUCACAGGACAAUGUGGCUUCUUCCCAUUGUCCUCGUUUUCCUCCAGAUGGUGCCGACAGUGAUACCAGAGUACUGCAAAAUAAACAACGGUGACUGUGAGCAGUUCUGCAAAAAAAGUGCACAGCAGGAUGUAUUGUGUUCCUGUGCAAAAGGGUAUGUUCUAGCAGAGGAUGGCAAACACUGUGUUUCAACAGUCAAGUAUCCUUGUGGAAAAGUUUUUGUGGAAAGGAAAAAAAGGUCAGUUAUUUUGCCCACUGACAAUAGCAGCAUAACUAGUGAUCAAGAUGUCUCUCAAACAAAUGGAGCCAGUCUGGAGGAGGACUUUGUGACUACCACAGAAAGCCCAACUCUCCGUCCUGGCAAUGAAACAAGCGGCAAGACUCCCUAUGUCGAUACCAGGAUAGUAGGUGGUGAUGAGUGUCGUCUUGGCGAAUGUCCGUGGCAGGCUGUUCUGUUAAAUGAGGAAGGGGAAGAGUUUUGUGGUGGAACUAUUUUGGAUGAAUAUUUUGUACUUACUGCAGCUCAAUGUGUGAACCAAUCUAAAGAAAUCAAAGUGGUUGUUGGCGAAGUGGACAGAGAAACAAAAGAACAGUCUGAAACAAUGCAUACCGUGGAUAAAAUAUUUGUUCACCUUAGAUACAAUGACAAGACCUACGAUAGUGACAUAGCCUUAAUAAAGCUAAAGGAACCUAUAACAUUUUCCGAGUAUGUUAUCGCAGCAUGCCUCCCUGAAGCAGACUUUGCUAAUGAAGUUCUGAUGAACCAAAGAUCUGGGAGGGUCAGUGGCUUUGGGCGUGUAUUUGAAGGUGGAGAAAUAUCCAAAAGACUGAAAGUGCUUGAAAUGCCCUAUGUGGAUAGGAACACUUGCAAGCAAUCCACUAAUUAUGAGAUAACAGAAAAUAUGUUCUGUGCUGGUUAUGAAACAGAGCAAAAAGAUGCUUGUCAAGGAUUUGGUGGAGGUCCCCAUGUAACCAGAUAUAAGGAUACCUAUUUUGUUACUGGAAUUGUGAGCUGGGGAGAAGGAUGUGCAAAGAAAGGCAAAUAUGGUGUCUACACCAAACUGUCCAGGUUCUUACGCUGGGUAAGAAUGGGCAUGAGACAAAGCUUGUAGUGCUGUGGCUCUUGGUCCUUUGAUACAACAUGCAGCUUCUGUAAUGGCAACUUUAUUCUUUUUUUUUUUUCUUUUUCUGUCCACAUCUGCUAAAAUUGUAUUGAGAGCUGAUUCCUUAAAGUUAUGGUGCUGCUUCUUUUUGUUUUAGUCCCGGCAUUAAGUGUGUACGUGUGGACUGCUGGUGGUGUUUUGGAUUUAGACAAUGAGGGACUUUCCCCAGACCAAAUGGAUGUUCAGUGGGCUCUUUGGUUUGCUUGUUUGGUUAUUUUUAUUUUGCCAUUUUGGUUCCUGUCUGUUUGCCCAAGUGCUUCCACCAGAGGCUCCUGGACAUAACAUGAGCCUUCACUAAUCAUGAUGAAAGUGGGAAGGACAGGACUGCAGUUAAGCCUCACAUUGCAAGCAGCUGUCUGAGGAGGGAGUUUGUUAUUACUUGAGCUAUUUAGCUUCUACCUGCAGAAGUAUUUAGAAGAUUAAGGGAACAGGGAAGCUCACUUGGUAAAAGCUGAGACACAAGUAAGUAUUCAACAUGUGAUGCUAAAUAAUCACACGUUCCACAGAAUUGCCCGCUUAGGUCAUAGCAGCCAGUUAAAAUGGGGGUUUGCAUUACAUGGAUUGUACUUCACUUUAGUUUAAUUUGAACACUUCUUCUCAUCAGAAAGAAAAUAUGUGCACGUUCACUUUUUUCUGUAUCAUGUUCUGGAUGGUGUAUGGGUGAGGAUCGGAAAGCUCCUUGCAUGUGGAGUUGUUCUGAGUGUUUCUGUAAGGUGCAAUAUUGAUGUACACAGGCCAUUGAAAUAAAACUUUUAUUCUUUUUU